AAAUCUGUGGUCAUGGCUUACUCAAAAGAACACCCUGAUUCCCAACUUUUCUGGUUGUGGGAAGAUGAGGGAAUGAGGUGCUGAAGGGUGAACUAAGAAGAGAAGUGGUAGGACUGUUAUUCUAAAAUGGAGCUUUCUGCGCACGUUGCUGCAGGUCUAAAACUACUUGGAAGUUCUAGUGCAAUUACAGAAAAUUGUUACACGAAACUAUUAGAAGCCGGAAUAUGCGUAAUUACAGAUAAUCAGAAAGUGAUAAACGUCUCUCAACUAUGCAACGCGAAAGGUGAUGCAGUUAAAGAAUCAUAUGCUGCACUUUUGUCACUUCUUAUAGAGUCUGCAAGGCAUGACAUUGAUCCGGACACACUGUCCGUUACUUUAGUUCAAGAUUAUAACUUUAGUGCACCAAGAAAUGAAAAACUCAUAAGGUUGUACAGACUGCACAAAAAACAGCUGCAAGCAGCACUCAGUAAUGUAGGAAUUUACCUGCCACAUGUAGUAGAUGCAAGCUGGACACUUGACUUUUGUAUUAAGGCUAGCAGUUUGGAACAAGUCGGAAGCUUCCUCUACCUGAUCCAAUUCCAUACCGAAUCAUGUCCGGAACAGUAUGGAAAAGAUUCUGCUAUCAGCAGAUUGAAAUUUCUGUGCACACAGGAAGAACUGCAAGAUCUUGUUUGGAAACUGCGUGAUGCAGUUCGACAUGUUGAAAGAAUUGCCAACAUGUAAAACCUGGGUCUAGGUGUUGUGUUAGGAAUGUGUAUGUGCCAUGGGCAGUGCGUUACAUCACUCAAAGCCAAACAAACUACCAUGAAACUGUGCUAUAUGAGGCCACCCACGAUUGGGAACCAUACAUGUUCGUUCAUAACAAUUGACUCAAAUUCUGUAACAAAAUUCAUAUUAAUGUUUGGGCAGCUCAUCAGUUUUAAUGUAUAGUAUCUGAAACUAAAAACCUCCAAUCCAGGAAUAUUUUUCUGCUAGUAACGUGGGUGAAUGAAUCUAUUUCACCUAAUGUGAUACUGGUAAUAUCUUAAAGAGCUACCAUAUUAACUUCUAGGUCUGAAUGAGGUAUACCCCUUCUUAGUAAUCUUUUGUAAUUCUAACAUGGCAUUAGCCACUGAAGGUCUCUGGGCCAUGUGCAUUUUAUUGCAAAUGGAAAGACUGUAUAAUAAGAAUUUCAUUGCUCAUUCUUGAUUUUGAUGUAUCUGAGCCAUGCUGUGUAAUUUGAACAUUUUGUAAUAUUUUAAAAUGGCUCUUUUUAUGUAACAGAAACAUGAUUACUGGAUGUCAAAUGUACCUACACAAAAACCUGUUCACUUCUAAUGUUUUUACAUAACCCUUAUGCUGUAAAGAUCUGCAUACUUUGUAUUGAAAAUUCAAGGUCCCAGUAAGAAACAAAAUACAUAUCCACAUGGAGUAAAACUCUUGGCUUUGUUUCAUCAAAUGUCUUUCUGUGGAUCAUCACAUUCCCUGAAUAAAAUGGUUCACAGUUUA